UGAUUUCCGAUAGCGAGUGCGGCCGAAUCCGACAGCCUAGACCUAAAAACCUGCCAAAAUGAGUUGCGGCACAAAGACAUUGAAGGUGUCCUCCUUCGUUCUGGACUUUCUGUGCUGUGUCUUGGCGGCACUGACCAUCGCAGCAUGUUCCUAUGCCCUGAUCACUUUCAGCCACAGCAUGGCCAUCCGAAUACCCUGUAUUCUGGGGAUAGUGCUGGGAGCCCUGCUUUUCGGUAGCACGAUCUUCGGCUGCAUUGCCGCCCUGAGAGAGAGCAUCCGCAUGACGUGGAUCUAUGCUGCAAUCAUGAUGGCCCUGGUAUUCGGCCAGAUCACCGUGAUCCUCGCCCAGCCCAUAAACUUUGAACUACUGGCCAACGAGACGAUAUACGACGCCUGGCAGGGUCAGCUCUAUCAUCAGCGAAGCAUGUCCUACUAUGAGAUUAAGUACCACUGCUGUGGGCAGUCGGGGCCUAACAACUAUCCGGAUAGUGGCCUGCGAAUUCCUCAGAGCUGCUACUUCAACCAGAAUGCGACGGUGACAACGGAUCUCUAUACCAUAGGCUGUGAUCAGAAAUUGGCAGCUGCCUUCAUUAAGGGGACUCGCUGGGAGCGGAUCAGCGAUUGGUCCGUUGUGGGUGUCGAGAUGCUCACCGUUUCAGUGGCCGGUCUCCUGGCUAUAACCUUGCAAAAUGCGGAGCGUCGUCGUCUUUACCGAUAGAAGCUUUUUAUUAGUAUAUCUGUCAACAGUAUUAUAAGCUGUGCGAAUAUAUAUAGUAAAUCUGUUCCCAAAUCUGUAAAUAGUCAAGCUUAACAAAUAACUCGUAACAAUCCCCUUACAAGGCAAUUUUAAUAUUUGUAUAUUAAUUAGUAUAAUAUAUAUCCCAAAUAUUAAGUGGAUUAAUUCUGUUGGAGAUGUAAGAUAGUUGUCAAAGUCUUCUAAUUUUUCAAAUAAGAAAUACAUAAUUAUUAUCACUCCAAAACAGGUUAAUAACAAAAUGUUGCGAAAAGGCCAGAGCUAUUACGGCAGGUCAUAUUUAUUUCAAGAAAAAUAAUAUUAACAAUGAUUAAAGUACUAAACAAUAAUUUAGUUCGAACUUAUUU